GAGAUCCUUUAUAUGGAGAUACCGAGAGAAUGAGAUAAAUCAAUCGCCAUGGAGGUUUCUGGAAAGCCAGUCUUAGUGAGUUGCGUCCAUUCAUCUGACGACGACAGUGAUCUUGAUUCAGAAAAUUAUGUUAUCCUCGAUGAUGAUGAUUCGGACGAAGAUCCGACGUUCGAUCCUGUUGAGCUUACUCGAUCUCAUCUUUCUAAACUUUCUCUAAAGAAGAAAUCUAAUAAUCCACGUAUUCCGGAGGAUAAAUUUGUACUCGAUCCUCGUUUACAUGUUUCUACGGUGUCUAUAAAGAAGAAGUCUAAGCCUCGUAUUGCGGAGGGAAUGGAAGAUAAAUCUGAUGAAGAAAUGUCAGACUCUGUAGAGUUUAUUUCUACUGAGCUCAAUGAAACUGAUCAGAAAAGCUUUGAAGCUGUGGAGAAAAUGAUUCAUUCUGGGGUAAUUGACAAAUUGAAGUUGGAUCAGUGCAAGGUUUACUUGAGGAAACAUGGAUUAAGAUUGACAGGAAAUAAAGAAAUCCUACUCAAUCGCAUUAAAGAGCAUUUGGAGAUCAUUGAUGGUGGUGGCAAGAGAAAGUAUCCUGUAUAUAGUUUUAUCCUGAAUUGUAAAGGUGAUGCCUGCACAGGUGAUGUUGUAAUGUUUGAACAGAAUGUCUAUGAAAUGUAUAGCAUUGUAUCACGAAGUGCAACUGGUCCAUCAUGUGGUACAAGAACAGUUGCUGGCCGCAUUGUGAAAGAAAGCUAUGGUGCUGAGAAACAACAGCACACCUUCACGAUUGAAGUUUUGUGGAGCGAAGGGGAGAAGCCACUCCCUCCACUUCAUCCCUUACUGAUAAAGGGUAGAAAUCUUUACAGGCUGAAGACAAUGAGACAGAGAUGGGAAGAUGAAGGUGAAAGGCAGAAAAUAUUGUCAGACAAACAUGCUAGAGGCUCUCUCGCUCGAUCAAACAGGGAUGCUCGUCUAGUAGAAAAGGAAAAGCGAAAAACCUUAAGGGCAUCAAAAAAAGUUAACAGUAAACGAACUUGCCAACCGUCGAGAAACAUCUCGGAUCCUUUGACAGAUGUACAUAUGACUGAGCUAUUAACAAGCAACAGCCAUAAUAAUGAGAAACAAAGUGUUCCUCUGAAAAACCACCCAGUAGUAGUCAGUAGGAGGAGGAGGCCUUUGGAUAAUGUGAAAGAGAUUCAUCAUUCAAAUGGUGUUGGGGGCAUAAUAGGAAAUCAAUAUCAAAAUCAUCAUCCACUUCAAAUGCCGAUUCAUCAUUCAAAUGGCGUAGGGGGCAUAAUAGGAAAUCAAUAUCAAAAUCAUCAUCCACUUCAAAUGCCGAUUCAUCAUUCAAAUGGCAUAGGGGGAAUAAUAGGAAAUCAGAAUUAUCAUCAUCAUCCACUUCAAAUGCCAUUUAAGGAACGUUAUAGAGGUCCUCCUCCUCCUCUAUUCAGAGGUGGUGACAACAGAGAAAAUGAAAGAGAUUCGAGAGGUCUUUCUUCUCCAUACAGAGGGGGUGGUGGUAUAAGUCUUGAUCUUCGUGAAGCUUUAAGAUGCAAUAUAUUUCAAAGAUUUGAUUAUGAUAAUAGGAGACAACAGCCGUGUAGAUUCUUUGCUCAGGGAAGGUGUACCUUUGGCGAGAGGUGCAAGUACCUGCACGAGGUGGACAAAGGAGAGUUUCAGAGAUGGUCAAAUGACAAUCGACAUUGAUUUUGUAUUUUUCUCAACGAAUCUCAUUUAGACGAUGAUUAGAACAACUGCGACCUUUUUGUUUUGUACUACUGUGGCGGCUAUAUCCAAGAUGUCUGUUAGACAGACAUUAAUUUUGUCCUGGGAUGAUGAUUUGUUUAUCCCAACAAAUCUCAUUUAGCUUCUGCUGAUGAUAAAUGAUCCAUUUUAGAUUUUGUUUGAUUAAGGAGAGAAUAUCAAAUAUAUCAUUGUUGGAUCUUGUAAAGAUGAACUUUUCACCAGAUUGGUUAUUAAGUUAUAUAACUUUGA